UAGUCAUGCAUCAAGCACCGUCACUGAUACUCGUCUCCAUAACAACUUUGCGGAAAACGACAUGAUCUACCUCUACAAUGCCAUCCUGACAAUAACCAGUCUAACUUGACAUUGACUCAGAAACCAUCGUGUGUUUUCCACUAUGAUCGAAUAUAUAUUUCUCGUCUUUAUAUCAAUCCUCAUAAUAGCCACUUCGCUAGUGUUGACGCGGAUUUACUUAAAAUGCACAAUCAAACGAUGCACUUCGAAGGUGUCCAUGAAAGGAAAAGUGAUCAUAAUAACCGGAUCGAAUACUGGAAUAGGAUACCAUGCUGCUGUAGACUUAGCCAGAAGAGGAGGAAGGAUCAUACUUGCUUGCAGGAAUAUAGAAAGAGGUAAGGCGGCGAAAGACAGAAUUACAACUGAAACAGGAAAUAAAAAUGUUAUUUUCAAGCAUUUGAAUUUGUCAUCUUUGAAGUCUGUUAGAGAAUUCGCUGAAGAUAUUAAGAAUACUGAGAGUAGACUGGAUGUGUUAAUAAACAAUGCUGGAGUGCACGGGUUUGGAGACCGGUACACGCAAGAUGGAAUCGUGGAAGGUAUGCAGAUCAACUACUUCGCUCCAUUCUUGUUGAGCUUGCUUCUCGUUCCCAUGCUGAAGGCAUCCAAGGGAAGAAUAGUUAAUGUGAGUUCUUUAUGCCACUAUAGAGGAGAAGUCAACCUUGAUAAAAUUAAUAAAGCCGGUGCUUAUGAUGACACAGCAACAUACGCUAAUAGCAAACUAUGCACCUUAAUCUUUACUAAAGUAUUAGCACAAGAAGUUAGCGGUGAAGUCACGGUCAACUCCAUGCAUCCAGGUGUCAUUUUGACGAACAUUGUUCCGGAUGGGGCACAACAGAGAACGAUAUUCAAAUAUUGGUGCUGGUUAUGCUGCAGGACUGCGGAGGAGGGUGCUCAGACUAUAAUAUACCUAGCAGUGGCAGAUGAAGUGAAAACAAUUUCUGGGAAAUAUUUCGUGGACUGCAAUGAACGAUUCGUGUUGUGGAAAGCUAAUGACAAGAAGCUCGCAAAGGAACUGUGGUGCUUUUCUGAAGAAUUGGUUAAGCUAAAUUAGUGAUAUUAAGUAUGGUGGAACUAUUUUAUAGGUUUAUUGCCUAACGUUAUGAUUAGAAUAGUAGCGCUGACGCUGUCGUUCGUGGUGUGCUGGCUGCCGUUCUUCUCGCUCCGGGUUCUGUUCUUCGUGUGCAACAUCCGACAACUCAUGCGACUGCCUCAGUGGGUUGGAGCGGUGUACAAAGUUGUAUCCUUCAACUCGUGGUUUGGCGUGGUGCUGAACCCAGUGCUUUUCAGUCUUAAAUCCACUAAGUUCCGGAAGGCACUUAAGGCAUUAUGGGCAGCCAAGUUCAAGAAAAAACAUCAACAACUACCAAAAUCCACUACAGUUAUAUCUGCAGGAUAUUGAAUCUCAUACAUUGUAUGCUUUACAAACCCAAUCUUUGUUUUACAAUAUUGUUGGAACAUACACAGUGCAAUGGGGCUCAAUAUGUGCAUUGUGACGUCAGCGCUUAGUGUAAGAGUGUCGUAAUCAAAUAUUAGCCCGUUGGUAGUGUUUGCUUAUAUUGUUUUGCUAGGCGUUAUCAGUGUUAUGUAGUGUAAAACGUAGGAAACAUACUUUUUUAUAAUCAUAAUUAUCUUUGUAGCCUGACUUAUAAGAUGGUUGUCUUUUCAUCAUAUUUUGUAAAUAAAUAACGCAUUUUUUAUUUAUUUGCAAUGGGUCAUAAACGAUGUGUU